UGAUUCCAUGGCCAGCAACAUCCCCCUGAUGCGUGUGGUACAGUCUGUCAAGCAGACCAAGCGGAAAUCCAGCACCACCCUGAAGGAGGGUUGGGUGGUUCACUACAGCAACAGGGAUGCUCUGCGGAAGAGGCAUUACUGGAGGCUGGACUGCAAGUGUAUCACGUUGUUCCACAAUGACACUGGGAACAAGUAUUACAAGGAAAUUCCACUUUCCGAGAUCCUGGGUGUAGAGCCUGCACAGAAUUCCGGAACCAUCCCUCACAGCGGCAGCCCUUACUGUUUCGAAAUCCGAACGAGCAAUGUGGUGUACUUUGUCGGGGAGAAUCCCGCCUCGCGCCCACCUUCGGGAUCGGGCGGAUCGGGCAGUGUCUCCUGGGUCGAGGAGGCCAAGGUUUGGGAGGCAUCUAUCCGACAAGCGUUGAAACCCAUCAUCUUCCAGGACACUCUGGACCCCCAGGAGCAGACCCCUCACCGACAAGCAUCAGUCAAUUUUUCUGUACCCAACAGUCAAAGCCUGGAGAAUGUGGAUAUAGCGACCGUCUACCAGAUCUUUGCAGAUGAGGUGCUUGGAUCAGGACAGUUUGGUAUUGUUUAUGGAGGCAAGCACAGAGAGACCGGGCGAGAUGUGGCUAUCAAAGUGAUCGACAAAUUACGGUUCCCAACCAAACAGGAGAGCCAACUACGUAACGAGGUGGCCAUCCUACAGGGCCUGUCUCACCCCGGAGUGGUCAACCUGGAAUGCAUGUUCGAGACCCCCGAGAAGGUGUUCGUCGUCAUGGAGAAACUCCACAGUGACAUGUUGGAAAUGAUCCUGUCCAGCGAGAGAGGCCGGCUGCCAGAACGGAUCACCAAGUUCAUGAUCACACAG